CGUGGGAGCUAGCUGGGAGACCUGUGGAGACUGUGAGGAGUGAGGAGGGGGUCUGGAGUGGACUGUCUGUCGACAUGCUGAGGAAACUGGUCUGCAGGAAGAUCUGUGCCUGUAAGCUCUGCUUCUCUUUCUUCUUGACACGUGGGGGGAGAGGAGAGGCCCAUUGUAUUCAUGUUAAUGAGCGCCUUGGAGGAAUGUGGGUCAUGUCAAGAGAUGAAGAUUGAGAGAUUAGGGGAGAUUUACAUUUUCAGCUGAGUAGUGACAGACAGGAGAGGACAGCUGGGAACAGAGUAUGCACUAUAAAGACUGAAGGCUCAGACAAUCUGAAGGCUAUCACUAACCAUUUCUGGAUUUUAAUACAUUCAUUGCUGAAUGGUUGUUUCCACUAAAAUGGUCUUUAAUCUAGAUGAAAACGGGUACAAUGAGUUUUGUAUCUGUUGUACUUUGUGUUAAUGAGCUACCCUUAUCACAACUGGUGUUGAUGACACAGAAAUGCUCAGAGCUGGGUUUUAAAUGAGGCUGGUUUAUUAGACACCUUGUUGGGAUAUUGACAGUGUACGUCGUUUUAAUAUUGCAAUGAGGAGAGAAACACUGAGGUAGAUGGCACAUAACUGAUGUGAUGUGUUGGUGUGCUGCCCUGCAGUGUGUGGACCUCUGAAUAAUGCAUAGGGUUUUGUUUCAUUGAUUGCUGGUCUGGCAGAUUACUCUGCCCCCUCUGGGCCGACCGACCAGGACUCACAUGUUCAGUACACCACAGUUUGUGGGGUAGUCACUUCACUUCCAAAGCAUGUGGGCGCAACCACCGGUGACCGGAAUCAGACCUAGACAAUUACCAACAGAAUGAACGCUGAUGACCCCCCCCCCCCAAUGUGUGUGUGUGAAGGUCAUGCCAAAAGGUCAUGUAGGCGGCUGCUGAAAUGUGUUGUUGUAUGAGGGAAUGGGAUUGAGCACAUGGUGCUGAUAUGAAACGUGCUUUGUUUGUUUUGUACAGUCAGCAUUCAAAUUGUGUCAGAGUUGAAAUAACUUGAGUUCUCUGUUUUGCCUUCCCUCCCAGAUAAGAACUUUGAUGAUGAUGAUUCGGUGGACGGGGGGCGGUCCUCCUCUUCUAAGGGCCCCUCCUCAGGGAAGAAGACGGUGAGCAUGGGGUCGUUCCGUAAGCCUAGCUCUGCUUCCAGCACCAAAUCAACAGGUGAGAUGCCCCUUCCUGUUCACUCCAGCACCAGCAGAGAGUGUAUUAGGGAUGGAACGAUGAGCCAUGACUAUUUUAACAUUGUCAAAUGGGAUUAGUUCUUUCUCCUACCACAGUAUGCCUUUCAUUUGCUUCCUCAAGAAUGAUUGUGUGUGUGUGUGUCUGUGUGCGUGCGUCUAUCUGUGUGAGUGCAUUGUUCAUGCUUUUUAGACUUCAUGAUGUCUGGAUUAUCUAGAAAAGCCUUUAUUUGGCUAUGGGUAAUAACAGGGCUCUGCAGUGCAACCAUUCUACUCACAAAUGCACAUGGAAUUUUUAUUUACGAGCACCAGUGCGCCUAGAAAAAUGAAUGAUUCUAAUUAAUAUCUCAAAUACUUUUCAUUGUGCUCCUAAAUUGAUUUGUGUUCGCCUACAUUUUUCAACUUAGGCGCAUACGUGCUCCAUGUAAAAAAGUUGAGCGUAGAGCCCUGAAUAAUGACCUCUGUCCAGGAUUUGUAUGGGAGAUAAGCCACUGUGGAGCUGUCUAGUGUCUAUCUGUAACCUUGGAACAGUGCCGAUGGUGAGGAUUAUGUUAUGAUGUAAUGGAACCACAACACAGAGAGAACACAGAUUUGAUAGAAACAUGGGAUAAUGAGAAUUGAGCGUGAUAUACCCUGCAUUAACUCCAUAAGUCUGUAGCCAAUCCAAGAUGAAUAUUUGUGUGAAUAAUAGCCUACUAGAAUAGCUUCCUGGUAAAGUUAACAAUUUUGACCUUGUGGUCUUCUGCUUAUAUCAGGGAGAGAUGGUCCUAGUGCUGCUUCUGCUGCUGGGGCUGUGGAUGAGGAGGACUUCAUCCGGGCCUUCGAGGAGGUGCCCACUAUGCAAGUAUGUGUUCACUCUCAUAACAAUAUCAAAAUCAUUCCACACUAUUCUCGCUUGGGCAAACUUGCCCUAUGUUACAGGUAGUAUAUUAAACGCAUUUGGAAUGUGCUUCCUCUAAGGGAUUCCUCUUCUCUCCUCCUCUCAGCUUUUCUCUAACAGGGAGAUGGAGGACGCCAUGACCAAGAUCAGAGAGGUGCUGGCUGACGACAAACGAGACUGGGAGCACAGAGUCACUGCGGUAAGAGACUACCAACCAAUCGUCCCCCACCUCCAGAUGACUUCAUCACACUGGCUACAUUCCAGUAUCCACACUAGCGUACCACUUAGAAUGACGCAAUGUAUUGGCCAUGCAUUCUAAGUGUGGAUUUUGGAAUGUAGCCACGACUAUUAAGUAACUGUUCUGUUAAGCAGCCACUUCUAUCAUUUGAUUGGAAAUGUUAUUUUGAUGAAUGGCUUGAUGGUUUUGGUUGUCUUCUUCUCUCUAGUUGAAGAAGAUGCGUUCUGUGCUCCUGGCAGGAGCGGUGGAGUUUGAUGGUUUCUCCCAGCAGCUGCGUCUCAUGGAGGCAGCCUUUAAGAUGUCCGCUAAAGACCUGCGCUCUCAGGUGGUCAGAGAGGCCUGUAUCACUCUGGGGUAAGGAGACCUCUGGUCCUUUUCUCUUACUCACGGUAUCAAUUCAAAUCAAACAAGCUUUCUUUAAUGUUACCAAAGCCAUACUAUUAUAACGUUAUACAAUAUCAAUGCAAUAAAAUAACUGAAAUUACAAAGAGUGUUAGGAAUGUUUUUUCCCCCCACACUUUAUUGUACAGCCCCAUCAGUACAAAAUAAGAUACUAUUGAUAUCAUAAUAACUUGUCUCCAUCUCUUUUUCGUACCUCUAUCCUGCAGCCACCUGUCCUACAUCCUGGGGAACAGGUUUGACCAUUGUGCUGAGUCCAUCAUGCCCACUCUCCUAACCCUGGUCUCUAACUCGGCCAAGGUCAUGGCCACAUCCGGCAUCGCUGUCAUACGACUCAUCAUCAGAGUGAGUGGACAAUAAAGUUAUUGACAUUUGAAUUAAGUUGAGGUGAAUUUAAUUUAGUUCAAUUGAGCUGGGUUGUUGAGUGUCAGUCAGACCAAAUGGUCGAGUGGCUAGCCUUUCUUUUUAGGAACACAAACACACAUAUUUUCUUCCCGAGGGCUGCAAAUGACAUUCCACUGCAUUCCGAUGUGGGCAUUCAUUGUUGGUGGUUGCUUGCGAUUGUUCUCCAAAGAUGCCUUGUGUGUUCCUCACAUUUCUAUUGAGUUUAGAACAGCUAGUUACUGAAUUAGUAAAAACGGGUCUUUCUCUGUCUUCCAGCAUACACACUACCCUCGUCUCAUUCCUAUCGUGACCAGCAGCUGCCAGUCUAAAUCUGUGGCCGUGAGAAGGUAAACAAACAAACAGCCUCAGAAAGACUUAUCCCUAUUCGCUCUCUAGCUGAAUGUCUGUCUGUUUUCCCUGACUGUCUUAUUGUUCUAUUUCCAGGCGCUGUUUUGAGUUCUUGGACCUCUUGCUGCAGGAGUGGCAGACCAACUCUCUAGAGAGGUACGCUAAAAUGGCUGCUACUAGACAGGCCUAUAAACUCAUACUUAUAAUUGUCCCUCCUCUUCAACAACUUAAUAUUGUAUUGCUGUGAUGUAGCUAGCUACUGUACUGUAAACCUUUUUCUAGCUACUGUCAAGUGAAUUUUUACAGUAAUAUGAAACAAUGUUGUUGUCAGUGAGUCGCUCCUCAUCUCCGCAGUUUCCAUGGCAAUGCCAGGGAGGGAUAUCUAUCCCAUAAAAGCACACUGUGCUUCAUCAUUGUGGUGAAACCAAAUCUCUGACUGGGAUGUCAGGGGAGCUCUCAGGUCCCCUUCUCAUUGAAUUACAUUGCGUCCCAAAUGGCACCCUAUUCCCUGUAUAGUGCAGUACUUUUGACCAGAGCCCUAUGGGCCCUGGUCAAAAGCAGUGCACUAUGUAGGGAAUAGGGUGCCGUAGGGCUCUGGUCAAAAGCAGUGCACUAUAUAGGGAAUAGGGUGCCGUAGGGCUCUGGUCAAAAGUAGUGCACUAUAUAGGGAUUAGUGUGGCAUUUGGGAUGUAACCGUAGCUUUUUAUGCUGUGGUGGUUUUGGUGGAGAGGGGGGUAAAGGGAUGCUGCAUGCAGAGAGAAUGAAGCUGGUGUUCCUUCUCUGUUUGACCCCUCAGGAAUGUAGCUGUUCUGACAGAGACCAUCAAGAAAGGAGUCCAUGAUGCAGACUCCGAGGCCAGAUCAGUGGCCAGGAAGUAAGUCACUCUCACACUAUGUCGGCCAUACAUGAACCAUAUUUUUAUUUGAAAAUAGGAGUUCACAAACAUCACAUGUUAUCAUGGUAACAACUUUUCCUCCACAUUUGAUAUCUGCCAACCUGAAACAUUGCUCCAUCUCACUCUUUCUGCGCCUUUGUCCUCUCUGUUGUUUUGUGCAGGUGUUACUGGACGUUCCACGGCCACUUCAGCCGGGAGGCGGAGCAGCUGUUCCAGGCUCUAGAGUCGUCCUAUCAGAAGGCUCUCCAGUCCCACCUGAAGAGUUCUGACAGCAUAAUGUCCCUUCCUGCCUCAGACCGCUCCUCCUCCUCCUCACAGGAGAGCCUCAAGUGAGACACUCCACCCUUUCUCCCCUUCUGUCUCUCUCUCUCUCUCUCUCUCUCUCUCUCUCUCUCUCUCUCUCUCUCUCUCUCUCUCUCUCUCUCUCUCUCUCUCUCUCUCUCUCUGUGUCUCUGUCUCUGUCUCUGUCUCUGUCUCUGUCUCUGUCUCUGUCUCUGUCUCUGUCUCUGUCUCUGUCUCUCUCUCUCUCUCUCUCUCUCUCUCUCUCUCUCUCUCUCUCUCUCUCUCUCUCUCUCUCUCUCUCUCUCUCUCUCAAUUCAAGGGGCUUUAUUGGCAUGGGAAACAUAUGUUUACAUUGCCAUAGUAAGUGAAAUAGAUACUAAACAAAAGUGAAAUGAACAAAAAAAAUGAAUAGGAAACAUUACACAAAAGUUCCAAAAGAAUAAAGACAUUUCAAAUGUCAUAUUAUGUCUAUAUACAGUGUUGUAACGAUGUGCAAAUAGUUAAAGUACAAAUGGGAAAAUAAAUAUGGGUUGUAUUUACAAUGGUGUUUGUUCUUAACUGGUUGCCCUUUUCUUGUGGUAACAGGUCACAAAUCUUGCUGCUGUGAUUUAACACUGUGGUAUUUCACCCAAUAAAUAUGGGAGUUUAUCAAAAUUGGAUUUGUUUUAGAAUUCUUUGUGGGUCUAUGUAAUCUGAGGGAAAUAUGUGUCUCUAAUAUGGUCAUACAUUUGGCAGGAGGUUAGGAAGUGCAGCUCAGUUUCCACCUUGUUUUGUGGGCAGUGUGCGCAUAGCCUGUUUUCUCUUGAGAGCGAGGUCUGCCUACGGCGGCCUUUCUCAAUAGCAAGGCCAUGCUCACUGAGUCUGUACAUAGUCAAAGAUUUCCUUAAUUUGGGUCAGUCACAGUGGUCAGGUAUUCUGCCACUGUGUAGUCUCUGUUUGGGGCCAAAUUGCAUUCUAGUUUGCUCUGUUCUUUUGUUAAUUCUUUCCAAUGUGUCAAGUAAUUAUCUUUUUGUUUUCUCAUGAUUUGGUUGGGUCUAAUUGUGUUGCUGUCCUGGGGCUCUGUGGGGUAUGUUUGUGUUUGUGAACAGAGCCCCAGGACCAGCUUGCUUAGGGGACUCUUCUCCAAGUUCAUCUCUCUGUAGGUGAUGGCUUUGUUAUGGAAGGUUUGGGAAUCGCUUCCUUUUAGGUGGUUGUAGAAUUUAAUGGCUCUUUUCUGGAUUUUGAUAAUUAGCGGGUAUCGCCCUAAUUCUGCUCUGCAAGCAUUAUUUGGUGUUUUACGUUGUACACAGAGGAUAUUUUUGCAGAAUUCUGCAUGCAGAGUCUCAAUUUGGUGUUUGUCCCAUUUUGUGAAUUCUUGGUUGGUGAGCGGACCCCAGACCUCACAACCAUAAAGGGCAAUGGGUUCAAUAACGGAUUCAAGUAUUUUUUGCCAGAUCCUAACUGGUAUGUCGAAUUUGAUGUUCCUUUUGAUGGCAUAGAAGGCCCUUCUUGCCUUGUCUCUCAGAUCGUUCACAUUUUUGUGGAAGUUACCUGUGGCGCUGAUGUUUAGGCCGAGGUAUGUAUAGUUCUUUGUGUGCUCUAGGGCAACGGUGUCUAGAUGGAAUUUGUAUUUGUGGUCCUGGCAACUUGUUUGGAACACCAUUAUUUUUGUCUUACUCAGAUUUACUGUCAGGGCCCAGGUCUGACGGAAUCUGUGCAGAAGAUCUAGGUGCUGCUGUAGGCCCUCCUUGGUUGGGAACAGAAGCACCAGAUCAUCAGCAAACAGUAGACAUUUGACUUCAGAUUCUAGUAGGGUGAGGCCGGGUGCUGCAGACUGUUCUAGUGCCCUCGCCAAUUCGUUGAUAUAUAUGUUGAAGAGGGUGGGGCUUAAGCUGCAUCCCUGUCUCACCCCACAGCCCUGUGGAAAGAAAUGUGUGGGAUUUUUGCCAAUUUUAACUGUUUUUCCCCCAACACUACUUUCCAUCAAAUUGUGUAGCAGACCCUCAUGCCAAAUUGAGUCAAAAGCUUUUUUGAAAUCAACAAAGCAUGAGAAGACUUUGCCUUUGUUUUGGUUUGUUUGUUUGUCAAUUAGGGUGUGCAGGGUGAAUACGUGGACUGUCGUACGGUAAUUUGGUAAAAAUUACAAAGUACAUUGUUUUCACUGAGGAAAUCUACAAGUCUGCUGUUAAUGAUAAUGCAGAGGAUUUUCCCAAGGUUGCUGUUGACGCAUAUCCCACUCUCUGUCAUUCUCUCUCUCUCUGUCUCCGUUUCUCUCUCCCUCUCUGUCUGUCUGUGAUAUGAGAAGUAGUCGUAAUGAAAGAGUAUUGAUCUUAGUCGGUCAGGUUAACCACUGUCUAUCUCUCUGUCUGUCUCCACAGCCGUCCUCAGUCUGCCAAGAGCUCCAUGGGAAACACCCUGACCAGGAGUAAGGACACUGACAUUACAUCACUGACAUUACAUGACUGACAUUACAUGACUGACAUUACAUGACUGACAUUACAUGACUGACAUUACUACCACAGACAUUACUACGUCACACUGGAGAAAAUAUUUCAGAUCUAUCGUUUAAAUGAUCCACAGCUCUGUAUAUAAUCAGACACCAGAAGAUAUAUUUUUCAUAUUAAUGUCGAUCAUGAUUUUUCAAGCACAGCAACAACGUCCAUGACAUCUACUGUAUGAAAUCUAUACAGUAUCUUUGCACAUUGUAAAUAUGGUAUUGGAACUGACCCUGGAACUGACCCUGUAUAUAGCUUCUUACAUUCUCGUGUUCUUCUUAUUUUUAUUUCCUGUGUGUAUUUGUUCUAACUUAUGUUAUUUUUAGUACUACAUUGAUAUUGAUCACUGCAUUGUUGGGUUUAGAGUUAGCAAGAAAGGCAUUUCACUGUACUUGUGCACGUGACAUUACGACUUGUUAAUCAUGUUAUUUUCUUUCCCUCUUUUCUCGCCUUCUCUUUCCUCUCUCUUUAUGAAAUACAUUUGGGUAGAGAGCUUGGCUUAUAACCAUUAUUCUUCUCUUCUCCCUCUCCUUUUCCUCUCCUCCCUUCCUCUCUUUCCUUCCCUUCUCUCCCCGAAGCUAAAGCAGCUCCCUCCAGAGCUCCCUCCACCCCAGGCUCUCUCCAGCGUUCCCGUAGCGACGUGGACGUGAACGCUGCCGCCACCGCUAGUGCCAAGACCAGGAUGACUCCGGUGCCCGCCUCUCCCGCCCCCUUCAGUGCUGCCUCCGCCCUGCCACCCGGCUCCUACGCCUCUCUAGGUGAGACAAACCAUAUGUUCUCUGUCUCUGUCUCUCUCUGUCUCUGUGUGUGUUCUAAUUAAGCAAUAAGGCCUGAGGGGGUGUGAUAUAUAUAUAUGGCCAAUAUACCACGGCUAAGGGCUGUACUUAAGCUUGAUACAACGCGGAGUGCCUGGAUACAGCCGUUAGCCGUGGUAUAUUGUUCAUAUACCACAAACCCCCGAGGUGCCUUAUUGCUAUAAUAAACUGGUUACCAACGUAAUUAGAACAGUAAAAAUAAAUGUUUUGUCAAAGCCGUGGUAUACGGUCUGAUAUACCACGGCUGUCAGCCAAUCAGCAUUCAGGGCUUGAACCACCCAGUUAUAUAAUUCUAUUUCUAUGAGCCACUUUUGCUGACUAUGAGGGAUAUAGGACCAAAGCAUGGAUAUUUAACCCUAAUUUCUUAAUUUUUUUCUCAAAAUAUGAUGAUUAAAAUACAUCUUAGGGCCUUUCUGAUUUCUUGUAACCCCCCUCAGUCUUCCAUAUGGGGAUUAUCCUGCUAACUUCUGCUAACCUCUCUCCUGGACUCUCCUGCUCUUGUUUUUGCUCUUAGACAGCACACCUGGUAACGUUAGACCAGAGGGUAAGAUGAGAUGGCUAACUGUGUGUUUGUUCUUGAUGUGUGGAGCUGGAGGACGUCAUCCAGAUUUCUCUGUCCCCUUGGUCUGUGUAAUGUACUGCACCAUGUUUACAGUGGUCGUCCUUGGUCUGUGUAGUGUACAACAUCAUUGAAUACGGUGCUCAUCUGUGGAACUCUGCAUGGACUGUCUGCAUGGUAGAACUAGAUUGAACUGGGUCAUCAGGACUGGGGUUGGUAGCCAGAGAGAGGAGACAGAGACAUUGAUUGUGUCCACAAAUAGAUCUGUCCAACUUACAUGACUAUAAAGGCAGGCAGCCUCCGUGUCUGUCAGGUUAUUGACCUUUAUCAUUGGCUGUUUAACUGUAAUUUCAUGAACUCAUUUUGUGCUGUACUCUCCUUUUCCUAUGUAGAACAGAAUACAGGGAUAUAUUUGUUGUGAAUCAUGUUUCUGUAUUUGUGUCUAUUGUUGUGAAUUAAUAUGUUGAGAUGAAACACUUUUUAUAGAGGAUGAGCCAUUUGGGACUUGAGAUGUCUUGCUUGAACCAGCUUAAUAGAGAUUUGAGUGCAUGCGUCUGUUGAAAUGGCUGGUAGCAACCUGCAAGUGUAGACUAGCGAGUGUGUCUCUGUUUUCUGUGUGGUCUAUGUAUGAAGUCUUUGACUGUAGGUGAUGAUGGCUGGUUUCGCCAAGCUGGGUGUGUCUGCGGUUGAAUGGAUCUGUGUCCACAUGAAGUUAACUCUGUUUUCUCCCCAACCUCUCUCUCUUUCUCUCUCUUUCUCUUUCUCUUUCUCUUUCUCUUUCUCUUUCUCUUUCUCUUUCUCUUUCUCUUUCUCUCUUUCUCUCUCUCUCUCUUUAUCCCAGGCCGUGUACGUACCAGGAGAACGAGUUCAGGGAGCGGCGUGGGGGCGUGUCCCUCUGUCACAGACAGUAGGGGGAGGAGUCGAGCCAAAAUGGUGUCAGUGUCUCAACGUGAGUAUCUUCCCCAGAAAAAUGAGCAUCAUGCCGUAAUGAAAAAAUACACAAAUAUUUCUAGAUCAGUGUUUCUUAAUCCUGGUCCUGGGGACCCAAAGAGGUGCACGUAUUUGUUUUUGCCCUGCAUUACACACCUGAUUCCACUAAUCAAGUCAUCAAACUUUUAAUGAGGUGUGUAGUGCCAGGGCAAAAAAAAAAUGUGCACCUCUUUGGGUCCCCAGGACCAGAAUCAAGGAGCACUGAUCUAGAGCAGUUGUUUGAAAUUCUUCCCACCUUUUCGACAUUGUGUGGGAAUGUAUUCUUCUCCCUUAAGAAAUACACCAUACUAUGUUGUGUUGCAGCUGGCAGUCGUUCUGGCUCCCCUGGACGUCUCCUGAGCCAUACAUACGGCAGGAUCCCCAGGGCCACUGGAGGGACAACACCAGCAGACAGGAGGUCUAAAGUCCCCCGCAGCCAGGGCUGCAGCCGAGACACCAGUCCAGACAGAUCAGGCCUGGGUAAGGACCAGGAAGAGGACCACACACACAGACACACUGAAGACAGAAAACAGCCCUCUACAGCUGUACUCCGAGUCUCCAACCUCUCUGCUCUCUGCACCACCUAACCUCCUGUCUGUCACUGAAUGCAACCACGUCUCUUCCUCUCCUCUGUCCCGACGAACUCAGCUCCUCCUCUACUCCGCCUCUCUCUCUCUCUUUGAGUGUGUUGGGCUGCCUGGCUGUGUGUUAUAAAGCUAUUUCAUCUUCCUGCUGCUCUCUCUCUCUCUGUGUGUGUCCCACCCCCCCCCCCCCACCACUAUGCUAGCGAGGAGCCGUAUCCCCCGGCCCAGCAUGAGUCAGGGCUGCAGCAGGGACACCUCUAGGGAGAGCAGCCGAGACACCAGCCCAGCUCGGGGCUUCUCUCCUCUGGGUGAGUACAGUAUAGUAACAUGCCCACCCCAGAGACCAUAGCCACCAUGCCCCUCAGUGCCUGAACCCAGACUAGCCCGAUGUAGAUUAGAUCACAAGAAAACCAACCGAAACAAACCUCUUCUGCUUCCAUCUUCUGCAUGCGUUAACUUGUGUCUUUUCACAUUUUCCCCUUUCACUCCUAAGUGAGUGACAACAACAUUUUCCUCAACAACCAUUUUUUACUAAUCAUGCUAGAGUCAUUGACGACAUGGAUGUGACAUAAUACAGGGAUGAGUUGACGCUGAACUUGUGUCCGCUGUAAGCUUAUUGACUUGCGGUCAGAGCCUUUGUGUCCAAUCCCGGGAUGCCGCUCAACAUUCUUGGUGCUAAUGUUGGCAUGAAGCCAGUUAGCGUUGUCACAUGAUAGAAUGCCUCCUCCUCAGGUUGACAGUCAUGUACUGUAUGAGUUGAAGAAGAUACUAUUUUUAAAGGUAUGUCAAACUUUACGUGUGGGGAUAUCCACUCCUGGUCACACUUUAUUUGGAUAGUCCGGAUUGGUCAUACUACCUGUUGAUAAGCAACUGGUUGCUAAGGUUACGGUUAAGUUUAGAAUAAGCGUUAGGGUAAGGGUUAAGUUUAGGGUUAGGAUAAGUGUUAAGUGUAAGGUUAGUGGUCCUCUGUAGCUCAGCUGGUAGAGCACGGCGCUUGUAACGCCAAGGUAGUGGGUUCGAUCCCCGGGACCACCCAUACACAAAAAUGUAUGCACGCAUGACUGUAAGUCGCUUUGGAUAAAAGCGUCUGCUAAAUGGCUUAUUAUUAUUAUUAUUAUUAUUAUUAUUAUUAUUAUUAUUAGGAUAAGGGUUAGUGUUAGAGGGGUUAGGGUUAGUAGAUGGACUAUCCAAAUAAAGUAUCACCCCACUCCCUCCCGUGUUCCUCCUCUAGCGUCCAGACGUGUCUCCCGCUCCACCAGUGCUCUCCACUCGGCUGAGUCCGUGGGCCACUCAGGUGACCUGUCCUGCAUGUUUCUAUUAAACAGACAAUAGCAUGUCAGUGUUCCAUAGUGCAGUUCACCUCAGAAUCCCACAGAGGGCGACAUAGAGCUGAGCAUCCUCCUUAUUUCAGUUUGGAUGCGUCUUACUUUUCAAGUCAAUCUGUGUUCUUUUGUGUCAUUCUGUUUUGUUAGUACACUUUUGUUUUUAUUGGCAGAUUUUUAUACUGUGCUGUAAAAAUACAACUUAAAUUCAUCAUAUUAUUAUUUUGUGCUAUACCCUGUAUCUUCUCUUGAGUUUCUCAUGGCGUGCUGAUGAAAUUUGCUUCAUUUGUUUUUCCACCAUGACUUCUACUCCCCAUUUUGUUAAUAGGUCGACUGUUUUUCCUUUGUAAUACUGUAUUACUGUGCUCCUAUACAAUACUAUUAUAAAAGUAUUAUUCAACCUCUCUGUUUCUCCUCCAGAGCGUCUAGGUCUGGCUCACCAGGCCCGUAUCUCAGCCUCUGUCAACGCCAUGAGGAUCCUCAACACUGGAACUGAGGUGGAGGCAGCUGUAGCCGACGCCCUGUUACUAGGAGACGCCAGGAACAACAAGGUAGAUGUUAACCUCAUCAUUAACAUCUAUUUUGACUCUUAUUAGCCUCUCGAAUGUAGUCACAUGGUAGUUUGUUUAACAGUAACAGUGUCAUUGAUUUGUCUUCACUCUGUGGCAUGACUUAGUGAGUAUACUGUAUAUGUACCUGUACGACCAUCUGACCUCUGAUCCUUGACCCCUCAGCGGCGGCCAGUCAGACGGCGGUACGAGUCCCCGGGGAUCUACUCAGACGAUGACGCUAACAGCGACGCCAGCAGCGCCUGCUCUGAGCGGUCGUAUGGCUCGCGGAACGGCGGGCCGCCCCACUACAUGAGACAGACGGAGGACGUGGCCGAGGUGCUGAACCACUGUGCCAGUUCCAACUGGUCAGAGAGGAAGGAGGGUCUGCUGGGACUACAGAACCUGCUCAAGAGCCAGAGAAUUCUCAGGUGGGAUGGAGACCGUCUAUUUUUGUUUUGAACUUUUGUAAUGUAUUUGAGGCCGUCACUGAGACAACUGGGCUCUAGAUAGCGGCAGGUAGCUUCGUGGUUAAGAGCGUUGUGCCAGUAACCGAAAGGUCGCUGGUUCUAAUCCCCGAGCCGACUGGGUGAAAAAUCUGUCGAUGUGCCCUUGAGCAAGGCACUUAACCCUAAUUGCUCCUGUAAGUCGCUCUGGAUAAGAGCGUCUGCUAAAUGAACCAAUUUAUUUAAAUUUAGAUAGAAAUCUUGCUGAAACCAAAAGGUGCUGUGCGAUUGAUCGCCUUACUUUUUUUCCGCUCACGUGUUGCAGUCGUGUGGAGCUGAAGAGAUUGUGUGAGAUCUUCACAAGGAUGUUUGCUGACCCACACAGCAAGGUGAGCUCACAACAGAAUCCCCCAUGUCUGAUAUAACCUGUGUUCUGACGGGAAGCUAAUGUAGUUACUGUACUAACUGUCUGUUUCUGUGUCGCAUGGUGGUCUUUGCGGUGGACUUAUAACAUCAGCGAGUAAGUGUUUUUGUCCGUCACCUUUUAAUAAUAAUGCAAUUGAAUCAAACUAUUCAGAUAGUUGAUUGAUUAAUUAUUGAUACUCUGUGUUGUCCUACUGUAAUACUCCUUAACAGUGAAGUAAAUAUGUACAGUAUAGCCUAUUAUUGAGUGACUGACUGUGUGGUCACUCCGUCUGGUCUCAGGUGUUCAGUAUGUUUCUGGAGACCCUGGUAGACUUCAUCACCCUGCACAGAGAGGACCUGCAGGACUGGCUGUUUGUCCUGCUCACCCAGCUGCUGAAGAAGAUGGGAGCUGACCUCCUGGGGUCUGUACAGGCCAAGGUCCAGAAGGCUCUUGACGUCACCAGGUCAGAACUAAAGCUCCAUCUCUAUUACCCUUUUCACACAGGUAUUUUUUUCUCCCAUUUUGUGCUUUUCAGCACGAUUCCACCAACUGUGGUGGAUGUGUAACCUGGCCAGCUCAGUACAGCUUGGUUUGGUUCUGCUUGGUAGUGUGAAAAGCCUUUAGAUGGUGCUUUUGUCUGUUUGUGGAGUUUCUAGUGGAUCAGUCCCUCUCAUCUCAUGGCUAUUUCUCUUGAUUUUCCUCUCUUUCCCAGGGACUCGUUCCCGUUCGACCAGCAGUUUAACAUCCUGAUGCGUUUCAUCGUAGACCAGACCCAGACCCCCAACCUGAAGGUCAAGGUGGCCAUCCUGAGGUACAUUGAGUGCCUGGCCCGUCAAAUGGACCCCGCAGACUUUGUCAACUCCAGCGAGACGCGCCUGGCCGUCUCCCGCAUCAUCACCUGGACCACGGAACCAAAGAGCUCCGACGUCAGGAAGGUGGGUAGAGUUGGGUUUGUUUGUUUCCAUAGCAACAACGUCAGACACUUCAUUUUAAUUGACUUUAUAUUUCACAGGGACAAUGCACAUUAAUCAGCAUUUCUGUAAACGUGCCAGAUUUAACCGGCUAAUUUUCAAAUAACUAUUGUUUGCCGGCUUCAUCCCUUUUUGGUUGAUUUUAUUUGAGUAUUUUAAACUGAUCAUUUCCCCACCCUACCCGUCGGUCGACCCCCAACCCCAGAGCUUCCUCCAUAGCUGGGCGGGUGAGGAGUUGUCAGGCAGGCCCAGCACCACCGUAGCCUCUCUACCUGGAGAGGGGAACGUGGAGGAGAGGUGCAAGCAGGUAGUAGAGUCCCAUCAGUCAGCUGCUCGGUCUGCAGUCUGCCUCACAUAACCUCCCCAAGCCUGGGCUCUCUGUCUCUAACACAACUUCGCCUUGCUGGCAGACACAGAGUUGUUUCUGCUUUAUAACUGUGACAGUGCAGGGGUGGGAAUGGGGACUGAAAUGGCUCUGAAUGAGCCAUAACAGUUGUUUCUGCUUUCAAAGGGUUCUUCAUAAUGAGUGAAUAUUAAAGCAGCAAUCAGCAGUUGAAAUGAUAACAAGGUGUCGACCCCACCACUGUUUCGCUAAAAAGCUGAGAGAUGGGGCUGGAGAAAUGUAACCACUCUCAAAUUCAUAGACCGAGCUAGGGAUGCAAGGACUUGACCAGCCAUGAUAUCAAAAUUAUAGUUUUAACCAUGUUUUGAGGCUAUACCGUGUUUGUUUACAUUUACUUUGUUUACAAACAGUGGAGUAAAACAAGCUUUUAUUUGGGAUUCUGAUGGGGGUACAACAGUUGAACUAAGCUCAUGAGGCAUUUAUAAGUUAUAAUCUUCAACAAUCAAUGGGUACAUAUAAUUAACUUAUAAGUCAAAACAUGUAUGUAGCAACUGCAGAUUGCCCCUUUAAGCAAUGGGGUGGGAAUGGGCAACAGAAUUGCUCUGAAUGUGCGGUAGUAUUUCAUUUUCAUAAUAUCCUACUGCUGCUGCUACUUAUUACUCAUGGUUCUUGUCUUGUUUAUCUGCAGUGACAGGUUUGGUUGACCAACAUGCAUGGAAUUCAUACGCGAGCAUUGUGAUGCUGGUUUUUAACUGGUUUACAAGAACUGACAAUGUGGUUUUAACUCGCCUGACUAACUGAAUGCUAACUGAACCUAAACAAAUAUGUGCUACUGUAUUUCUGUGCAAUGUAUUUGGAUCAUGUAUUUGUAAAUACAUUGACCGAUGUGACUCAUGGUUACGUAAGAGCAGAAUGGGCUUGUUGAAUGUUCCGUCUCUUCUCUAAGGGCCAAAUAUUCCCUUGAAAUGCACUUCAUUAUUGCGUGAUAUCAUACAUCAAUGUUAAUGGAAAAAGUGAACGCCCUCUUUGAUGACCACUAACAAUUGACCUCUCUGUGACCCUUUAAAACCCAGGCAGCCCAGGUGGUUCUGAUCGCCUUGUUUGAGCUGAACACCCCAGAGUUCACCAUGCUGCUGGGGGCCCUGCCCAAGACCUUCCAGGACGGAGCCACUAAACUGCUGCAUAACCAUCUCCGGAACUCCAGCAACACCGGAGUGGUAAGACCUGACUAUCGCUGUAUUCCAAAGAUCCACUCAUCAUGAGAAGAUGAGUAGUGAGUUUACACAGAACAAGAAUAUUGAAUUUGCUCAGGAAGAUCCUCUCGAAUGCGCUGACUAUCUUCUCACUGGCACCGUUAGCCAACAACCUAAACUUUGUUCGCUGUAACAUGGACAAUAAAGUUGUAUUGUAAUCUAAACAUACUGGGAUUGCAUCAUAUAAUUAAGCAAUAAGGCCCGAGGAGGUGUGGUAUAUGGCACGGCUAAGGGCUGUUCUCAGAGUGCCUGAAUUCAGCCCUUAGCCGUGCCAUAUUGGCCAUAUUAUCACAAACCCUGAGGUGCCUUAUUGCUAUUAUAAACUGGUUACCAACUUAAUUAGAACAGUAAAAAUAAAUGUUUUGUCAUACCUGUAGUAUACGGUCUGAUAUACCACGGCUGUCAGCCAAUCAGCAUUCAGGGCUUGAACCACCCAGUUUAUAAUGUACUGUAACUGCUCCAAUUCUGUGUGAUCCGCAGGCUUCUCCCAGUAACACCAUGGGACGGACUCCUCCCCCAGCUCGCCACCCCAGCAGUCGCAGCAGCCCCCUCACCUCUCCCACCAACUGCUCCCAUGGGGGGCUCUCUCCCAAGUAGGUCUAACAUAACCUUUAAUACCUGGUCCCCAACACACCAUAGAAGUUAGUUACAUCACUACUAACUUAACUAACAAUGACAACAAGUAGUCCCCCGUCCCCGCUCUGCUCCGUUCCCUUCUCACAUCUCUCUUUUUCUCCCUCGCGACUCUAUUCCCCCUUUUCUUUCCCUCCCUCCCUCCCUCCCUCCCUCCCUCCCUCCCUCCCUCCCUCCCUCCCUCCCUCCUUCCCUCCCGCCCUCCUUCCCUCCCUCCCUCGCCGUGCUCUGGGUACAUUACAGUCGGCUAUGGGGCUGGAGUGCUGAUGGCCUGUCGAAGUACCCCCCUCCCUUCCCUUCUCCUCUCUCCUCCACCCCUGCUGCCCCCUCCCUCAAGACCCUACGAAGUGCUUACUCUCCCAGGUACAAUGUCACAUGGCUGUGUCACCUUUUUGAUUUGUCCCUACCCCACAGUCUCUUUGUUUUUCCUUUUUUUUUUUUCCUUUUUUUUUUUCACCUUUAUUUAACCAGGUAAGCCAGUUGAGAACAGGUUCUCAUUUACAACUGCGACCUGGCCAAGAUAAAGCAAAGUAGUGCAAUAAAAACAACACAGAGUUACAUAUGGGGUAAAAAACAUAAAGUCAGAAAUAAAACAGAAAAUAUAUAUACAGUGUGUGCAAAUGUAGCAAGUUAUGGAGGUAAGGCAAUAAAUAGGCUAUAGUGCAGAAUAAUUACAAUAGUAUUAACACUGGAAUGCUAGAUGUGCAAGAGAUUAUGUGCAAAUAGAGAUACUGGGGUGCAAAAGAGCAAAAUAAAUAACAAUAUAGGGAUGAGGUAGUUGGGUGGGCUAAUUUCAGAUGGGCUGUGUACAGGUGCAGUGAUCGGUAAGGUGCUCUGACAACUGAUGCUUAAAGUUAUUGAGGGAGAUAAGAGUCUCCAGCUUCAGAGAUUUUUGCAAUUCGUUCCAGUCAUUGGCAGCAGAGAACUGGAAGGAAUUGCGGCCAAAGGAGGUGUUGGCUUUGGGAAUGACCAGUGAGAUAUACCUGCUGGAGCGCAGACUACGGGUGGGUGCUGCUAUGGUGACCAAUGAGCUAAGAUAAGGCGGGGAUUUGCCUAGCAGUGAUUUAUAGAUGGCCUGGAGCCAGUGGGUUUGACGACGAACAUGUAGUGAGGACCAGCCAAUAAGAGCGUACAGGUCACAGUGGUGGGUAGUGUAUGGGGCUUUGGAGACAAAACGGAUGGCACUGUGAUAGACUACAUCCAAUUUGCUGAGUAGAGUGUUGGAGGCUAUUUUGUAAAUGACAUCGCCGAAGUCAAGGAUCGGUAGGAUAGUCAGUUUUACGAGGGCAUGUUUGGCAGCAUGAGUGAAGGAGGCUUUGUUGCGAAAUAGGAAGCCGAUUCUAGAUUUAACUUUGGAUUGGAGAUUCUUUAUGUGAGUCUGGAAGUUGAGUUUACAGUCUAACCAGACACCUAGGUAUUUGUAGUUGUCCACAUACUCUAGGUCAGACCCGUCGAGAGUGGUGAUUCUAGUCGGGUGGGCGGGUGCCAGCAGCGUUCGAUUGAAAAGCAUGCAUUUAGUUUUACUAGUGUUUAAGAGCAGUUGGAGGCUACUGAAGGAUUGUUGUAUGGCAUUGAAGCUCGUUUGGAGGUUUGUUAACACAGUGUCCAAUGAAGGGCCAGAUGUAUACAAAAUGGUGUCGUCUGCGUAGAGGUGGAUCUGAGAGUCACCAGCAGCAAGAGCGACAUCAUUGAUAUACACGGAGAAAAGUGUCGGCCCAAGAAUUGAACCCUGUGGCACCCCCAUAGAGACUGCCAUAGGUCCAGACAACAGGCACUCCGAUUUGACACACUGAACUCUAUCUGAGAAGUAGUUGGUGAACCAGGCGAGGCAGUCAUUUGAGAAACCAAGGCUAUUUAGUCUGCCAAUAAGAAUGCGGUGGUUGACAGAGUCGAAAGCCUUGGCCAGGUCGAUGAAGACGGCUGCACAGUACUGUCUAUUAUCAAUCGCGGUUAUAAUAUCGUUUUCACUUUUGUUCAUUCCGCAGCAGCAAUCUGUGCUCUCAUGUGGCCACUUUUCAGAGGAUUCACCACAUUAACAGCUUGACUCACCAGUCUGUUCCACUCUGUCUCUGUCAACACGUACUGUUAUGCAUGGUUGAUCUUUUAUAUGAAAAGGAAUAGCGGGAUAAACUGCUUGAAAUGACAUCUUUACAUACUAGGUAAAUAAAAUGACGUUGUUUCAACCAGUUUUUUCCUGCUUUUGCCCACCGGGCAGACGUCUUUUUCCUGUGGUGUUGUUGUAUGUGUAUGUUAGUGUCGUACUUGUAUAAUAACCCUCCCCUCCCGGUGUGACCUGAAGCAUGUUGGAGUACGACACAGAGAACCUGAACACUGAUGAGAUCUAUAGCUCCCUGCGAGGCGUCACUGAGGCCAUCCAGAACUUCAGCUUCCGCAGUCAGGAGGACCUCAUGGAGCCAGGCAGAGGCAAGAGAGAGGACACGGUGAGGGGCUUUGGCAAUUCCCUACUAUUCUCCACUCACUCACUCACUCACUCACUCACUCACUCACUCACUCACUCACUCACUCACUCACUCCCCCUCAUUGAUUUAAAAGACUUGGAUUGGUGUUAGAAUGGACUAGAGGGAGUAUCUUCCAACAGCACUUUUAAAUCCAGAGGGGGGAGUGAACGAGUGCACUUGUUUGGCUACUGUUCUCUUUGGUCAAUAUAUUUAUUUUCUCUAGAAUAGACAUGGACAUGCAUACAUUUGUUAUUUUUGACAUGUAUAAGACUGUAUGGUUGUUACGUUACGUUAUAUCAAUAGUCUUGUUUCUCCUCAGCCGGGUGUUGGAGCAGCAUCAGACUCUGGUGUUGACGUGGUGGAGGGGCCCGGGGGUCGCACGGCUCUGGACAACAAGACCUCCCUACUCAACACCCCCUCCCCCCGUUCCUUCUCCGGCCCCCGGUGCCGUGACUACAACCCCUACAACUACACAGACACCAUCAGCGCCUACGACAAGGCUGCCCUGAGAGAGACGGUGUAUGAGGACGACGUGGAGCAGCUUCCAGAUGGUGAGGCUGUCUCAAGGGUCUGAAAUGGCACCCUAUUCCCUAUAUAGUGCACUACUUUUGACCACCCUGUUCCUUACAUAGCUCUGGUCAAAAGUAGUGUGCUAUAUAGGGAAUAGGGUGCCAUUUUGGAUGGUCAUAAUACAUUUAAGCAAUAAGGCCCGGGUGUAAUAUAUGGCCAAUAUACCACGGCUAAGGGCUGUUCUUACGCAAGAUGCAACACGGAGUCCCUGGAUACAGCCCUUAGCCAUUGUAUAUUUGCCAUAUACCACAAACCCCCAAGGUGCCUUAUUGCUAUUAUAAACUGGUUACCAAAGUAAUUAGAGCAGUAAAAAUAAAUGUUUUGUCAUACCCGUGGUAUACGGUCUGAUAUACCAUGGCUGCCAGCCAAUCAGCAUUCAGGGCUCGAACCACCCAGUUUAUAAUAGGCUAUAUAUCAGCUGUAAGGAAGACUCCCCCCCUCUCACCCCUCUUCCUCGCAGGCCGCCAAGAGUGUGGUGCAGAAAACAAGAUGCUGCACACCAAGCACAGUUCCCCUGCGGAGCAACUGGAACUGGUGAUUGAUAGAAUUUAUUUGACUUUUUAUUUUUUUACUAUAGCUACAUAAUAACACUAUAAAGUCACGGACAUGGAGAUCCUAUUCAAUUCCAUUUAGUGAUCUAUAUGUAAUUCUAUGGUCACUGACUAAUAUCUAUUGUGGUCAUUGAAAGGUGGGUGAGCUGCUGAAGGAGCUGUCGAAGCCCAGUGAGAGGCCAGAGGAGAGGAGGGGAGCCCUGGUGGAGCUGCUGAAGAUAGCCCGGGAGGACAGCCUGGCAGUGUGGGAGGAACACUUCAAAACCAUGCUGCUACUGCUGCUGGAGACCCUGUCAGAUCAAGAUGUAAGGACUCUGGAGGAAUGGAUGGAUGGAUGGAUGGAUGGAGAGAUAGAUAGGAAGAAAAAAUACUUUCAAAACAACAAUCAACAGGGCGGCAGGUAGCUUAGUGGGUAAGAGCGUUGUGCCAGUAACCGAAAGGUCGCUGGUUCUAAUCCCCGGGCCGACUAGGUGAAAAAUCUGUCGAUGUGCCCUUAAGCAAGGCACUUAACCCUAAAUGCUCCUGUAAGUCGCUCUGGAUAAGAGCGUCUGCUAAAUGACUAAAAUGUAAAUGUAAAUGUAAACUCUGUCCUGGGAGCAAUGCCAAAAUCUGAUGCUUGAAUCCAUUGUUUUUCCUUCCACUGUCUGACUUGUUGGUUCUGAGCAUGUUGUGUCCUUUUCCCUCAACCUGCAGCACACCAUCCGGGCCCUGGCGCUACGGGUGCUGAAGGAGAUCUUACGUAACCAGCCGGCCCGCUUCAAGAACUAUGCAGAACUCACCAUCAUGAAGACCCUGGAGGCACACAAAGACUCCCACAAAGAGGUAGCUCUCAUUGGCUGUCUGUCUGUCUAUGAGGCUCUGCUUUAGAGGACAUGCUAAGUCUGCACUUCUUGAAUGAAUAGCUUUCAACUCUGUGUGAUGAUGUGUUCGUUUUUUUAUGGAGUUGAUAGCUCUCGAAAUAAAAUGAUGAAAAGACUAUCGGGAUGAAGUGUAGUCUUGCCUGUGGAUGUACAUGUACCCUGCUCUGCCAAUAAACCAAAAUGAACCCAUUCCAUUAUCACCCAUUUCACCCUCCUCACUCCACCCUUCCCUCUCUACCCAGGUUGUGCGAGCAGCAGAGGAGUCAGCCUCCACCCUGGCCGGCUCCAUCCACCCAGAACAGUGUAUCAAGGUGCUGUGUCCCAUCGUCCAGACGGCUGACUACCCCAUCAACCUGGCUUCCAUCAAGAUGCAGACCAAGGUGAUCGAACGCAUCACCAAGGAGUCCCUCCACCAGCUGCUGCCUGACAUCAUACCAGGACUACUGCAGGUAAAAAGGGCCUUUAUAGAUCAAGUUGAAUGAUUGGUUGGUCCAUUGGUUGAUUUAUUGAUGUACUUACUGAUUGGUUGAUGUAGAAGCACUUUAAAUGUAUCUACUUCAAAUAGAAGCACUUGAAAUGUAUCUACUUCCAGUACAGUGUUGAUGCUUGGGGUUUAGUUACGUAAGAUGAUUACUUUCUGUCCAUGGGAUUAUGCCACACUGUCUAAACACUGAGUAUAUACAAAACAUUAAGAACACCUGUUCUUUCCAUGACAUAGACUGACCAGGUGAAAGCUAUGAUCCCUUAUUGAUGUCACUUGUUAAAUCCACUUCAGUCAGUGUAGAUGAAGGGGAGGAGACAGGUUAAAGAAUGAUUUUUAAGCCUUGAGACAAUUGAGACAUGGAUUGUGUAUGUGUGCCAUUCAGAGGGUGAAUGGGCAAGACAAAAUAUUUAAGUGCCUUUGAAUGGGGUAUGGUAGUAGGUGCCAGGCUCACCGGUUUGUUUCAAGAACUGCAACGCUGCUGGGUUUUUCACGCUCAACAGUUUCCCAUGUGUAUCAAGAAUGGUCCACCACCCAAAGGACAUCUAGCCAACUUGACACAACUGUGGGGAGCAUUGGAGUCAGCCAUGGGCAAGCAUCCCUCUGGAAGGCUUUCGACACAUUAUAGAGUCCAUGUCCAGACGAAUUGAGGCUGUUCUGAGGGCAGGGAAGGUGUUCCUAAUGUUUGGUAUGCUCAGUGUAUGUCUAAUAAUGUUCUGAUGUCUUUGUGUGUACAGGGGUAUGACAACACAGAGAGCAGUGUGAGAAAGGCCAGCGUGUUCUGUCUGGUGGCUGUCUACUCUGUCAUCGGCGAAGAGUUGAAGCCCUACCUGGCCCAGCUCACAGGAAGCAAGGUACACUACCAUCUCAUCUCGACACCCUGUCUGGGUCAGUCUCAAAUGGCAACCUAUUCCCUACGUAGUGCACUAGGAAAUAGGGUGCCAUUUCGGACGCAGACAAUGUCUUUAAUUCCUUCUCUUUUGUUCAAGAUCUACAGGUUGCAGAAUGUUUUUCAUUAUCUUGAAACGUCAUGUUGGGAUGUGUUGGUUUCAUUCAGCGUCUUUACUAUCCCACUAGAUGAAGCUGCUGAACUUGUACAUAAAGAGAGCCCAGACGUCCACCAGCAACAGCAGCAGCUCCUCAGACAUCUCCUCAUAC